AUGUCCACCUCGAAUGAUAUCGACUUCGCUCCUGUGCUUAAGUAUCUCGGACUGCCUGAGACUUAUGAACCUGACCCUCGCACUGCGCCUAUGGACUUUCUGCAUCGAAACCUGCAGUCCCUGCCUCCCCAUCUUCUUAGGCUCUUUUCUGCGAACACAACGCCAAAGCAAAGAACAGCUGUACCAGCCAUCCGUAGCAGGCGGCUGAAGUAUUCGCAGUCUAAUCCGCGAGAGCUUUCGCUCUCCAACGCCAAAUCGACGUGGCCGACACUUUGGGAAGGCAGGGAGAGGCCAGGAAAGGAACAGGCGAAGGAGGAGAAGGAGUGGGCGCAGAAGGCAUUCAUGGGCGGUGGGAAGCAGCAGGUGGGAAAGCUAGGCUCGCUGCUUGGCAACUACGAGGAGGAGCGUGAGUCGGAGCGCGUUAGGACAAUACGCAGACAGCGAGCGGAAUAUAUCGAAUCGCUCCCUGAAGAAGAUGAAGAGAGUGAUGACGAGGAAGAUGCCCCUCCUCAAGACCUUUCACCAGCUGAGGCUGAGGCUACCUUCCUGAGGUUGGUCAAGGAGAAAUUUAUCUACGGUUUUCUCGAGUCCAUCGACUACGACGAGGUGGACUGGGAUGAACGUUGGGAUGAGGACCUCGACAGGGAUGCUGAGGACAGAUGGUUUGACGACGAAGAGGAAGGCUGACUGGCCAAAGUAU